GUGAAAAGUUGUGAGACGCGCGCGGGAGGAAGUGGUAGAGGAGUCGGAGCUAUGCCGGAGGCGGAUUACUGAGAGGUCUCGGGUGACCCCCGGGAAGCCCCUGUGGCUGGAAAGGGACCGAGGACCUGCAAGAAAGGAGGGACCUGGUCGGAAGUUUGCUCCUACCUGAGUCGGGAAAUCAAGUGGCGGAUCCCGCAGCCCUUCCCUUGCGUGGUGACUCCGGUGGCCGCGUCUGCGCCCUAGCCAUGAGGAUCCGGAUGGCCGUGAGGUGGACCUGGGCAUGCAAAAGCUGCCUGCUGCUGGCGCUUUUAACUGUGGCCUAUGUUCUGGUGGAACUCUCCGUCUCCACUUUCCAUGCCUCCCAAGGAGCUGGCCUUGCCUGGCAGCUCCCAGACCCCGGGAAGAAGGCAGAGGAUUUGUCCCGACCGCUUUAUGAGAAGCCUCCUGCAGAUUUCCAUGCACUUGGGGAGUGGGGGAAAGCCAGCAAACUCCAGCUCAACGAGGCUGAACUGAAGCAGCAAGAAGAGCUCAUUGAGAGAUAUGCCAUCAAUAUUUACCUCAGUGACAGAAUUUCCUUGCACCGCCACAUAGAGGAUAAAAGAAUGUAUGAGUGCAAAUCUAAGACGUUUUACUAUAGAAGACUUCCCACCACCUCGGUUAUCAUUGCUUUCUACAACGAAGCCUGGUCGACUUUGCUCCGCACCAUCCACAGUGUUUUAGAAACUUCUCCUGCGGUCCUUCUGAAGGAGAUCAUCUUAGUGGAUGACUUGAGUGACAGAGUUUAUUUGAAGACACAACUUGAAACUUAUAUCAGCAAUCUCAAUAGAGUCCGCUUGAUUAGAACAAAUAAGCGGGAAGGGCUGGUUAGGGCCCGCCUGAUUGGGGCCACUUUUGCUACUGGGGAUGUUCUCACUUUCCUGGAUUGUCACUGUGAGUGUAAUUCUGGUUGGUUGGAACCACUUUUGGAAAGGAUUGGUGAGGAUGAAACAGCAAUUGUUUGUCCUGUUAUAGAUACCAUUGAUUGGAAUACUUUUGAAUUUUAUAUGCAGACUGGGGAACCCAUGAUUGGCGGGUUUGACUGGCGGUUAACAUUCCAGUGGCAUUCUGUCCCCAAACAUGAAAGGGACAGGCAGAAAUCGAGAAUUGAGCCAAUCAGAUCGCCCACCAUGGCCGGAGGACUGUUUGCUGUCAGCAAGAAAUAUUUUGAGUACCUUGGAACAUAUGACACCGGAAUGGAAGUGUGGGGAGGUGAAAACCUGGAACUGUCUUUUAGGGUGUGGCAGUGUGGAGGUAAAUUGGAGAUCCACCCGUGUUCCCAUGUGGGCCAUGUAUUCCCUAAGCGGGCUCCAUAUGCUCGGCCCAAUUUCCUGCAGAACACUGCUCGGGCAGCAGAAGUGUGGAUGGAUGAGUACAAAGAGCAUUUCUACAAUCGAAACCCUCCAGCAAGGAAAGAAGCUUAUGGUGAUAUUUCUGAAAGAAUAUUACUACGAGAACGGCUGAAGUGCAAGAGCUUUGACUGGUAUUUGAAAAAUGUGUUUUCGAAUUUACACGUUCCAGAGGAUAGGCCAGGCUGGCACGGAGCUGUCCGCAGUCUGGGGAUCUCUUCUGAGUGCUUAGAUUAUAAUGCCCCUGACAGCAACCCCACAGGUGCUAACCUUUCCCUGUUCGGAUGCCAUGGUCAAGGAGGCAAUCAGUUCUUUGAAUACACUUCAAACAAAGAAAUCAGGUUUAAUUCUGUGACUGAGUUAUGUGCAGAGGUUCCUGAGCAAAAAAAUCAUGUAGGAAUGCAAAAUUGUCCAAAAGAUGGGUUCCCUGUGCCAACAAACAUCAUUUGGCAUUUUAAAGAAGAUGGAACCAUUUUUCAUCCAAACUCAGGACUGUGUCUCAGUGCUUAUCGGACAUCUGAGGGCCGACCUGAUGUUCAGAUGAGGACUUGUGAUGCAUUAGAUAAAAAUCAAAUCUGGAAGUUUGAGAACUAAAAGAGCUCAGCAGCACUUUGGUCCUGAGCUGACAAUAUAUUCAGGAAAGUCAGAGAGCCUCAGUGAAGGUUCUGUUUUAUCAGAGAUCGCCCAGUGGUCAUCUGCGAGAGCGCCUUGUAAUCUGUGGUUCAUUUCGGUAUAGAACACUGAAACUGAUGCACAGAGAGCUGCUGUUUCAUAUUGGGAAGCGCCUUACUUAUAGGUUGUUUUAUUUCAGAGCUCUGUCAAUAUGGCUUCUUCUCCUUAAAGAAGAUGACUUGAGAUACACAAAACAUUUAAGUGCCAGAUGAUAUUAAAGAAUGUAAAAAGUCCAAGUAAAAUAAGAGAUGAUUUAUGUUGAUGGGUAAGUUCACUGCACAUCCCUCUUUUUUUUUUUUUUUAACAAAACUCAAAUGUGCAGUUUGAGCUAUAGCUGUUUUGAUUGUACAUAGAAUUUGAAUUUCUUUAGACAGCACAUUAAAUUUUAGAUUUUGUUCAUUUUUUAUUCUAAUUUUUAAAAAUCAAAUGGAAAUCAAAAUAAAUUGAUUUUAAGGAGAAAGGCCUGGUUUAGAUAUGCGUGUCAUUAGAAGAGGGCAUUCGUUUGAAUGUGAGUUUAGAGGUCUUUUUAACACAUAGACAUCUCAGAAAAAUAUACCCAUAGCUGAAUGAAAUGGAGAGAUCUUUGCAUUCAACACUUUGUAAACUUGAGCUGUUGGACUUAACUGAUCUAUACUGAUACCUCAAAUCACUUUGAUUUCUUAACCUAUCCUGUCUGUGAACUUGUUUGUGUAUUAGGGCAUUUUCAGAUUGCAUUUCUUUAAGUUAUGAAUGUACUUGUGAGGGACUCAUUCAGAAUACUGUACUUCCUUCCCUUUGUUUAAUGCUUAAUCACUUAAAGUAAAUACAAUUGAGGCCUCUCAGAAGUUGACAGUUUAAACCUAACUGUGUUUACUGAAACGUGUGAAACCGAAAGUAGGCCCUGUUUUGCAAAGGCUGCUGGACUCUUCUGUGAGUUCUUGCUGAUUAGGGCAUUUCAGGAUUUAUUUUAAGAAGACAAGGGGAAAAGCCUGUCUUGACAAUGGGGACUGCUGCCUUCCAGCUUGUUUUCAGCCUGGCACUUAGUUAGCUUUUUCAGUAAGUGGGAGAAUGACUGACUGGCUCCGCCCAGGAAUGUGACUUUGGUCUUGUGACUUUGACCAAAUGACUCAGUUUGGGCCUCAGUUUCCUCAUCUGCAAAAUGUAGCUGCUGGAUUAGGUCUUGAAGGUCCCUUCCAGCUUGGAAAUGUUAUGAUUAUACCUUACACCCAUCUCAGAUUCAUUCAUUGUGCAAUCUUUACAACACUUUUUAUCUCUUCACUUUCAAUAUAGGUAAUGUUGUUGAGCAACGUUCAGUCCGUUUAUGAAGCUGGAAAAGAGAAAUGGUUGUAAAACUUGAGUGAGCUGCGCUCACCCUGCAGUGGCUUAUUUUAGAUUGAGUGGAAAGUUGUUGUGGUCACUGUAUUCAUUUCAUUUUGACAGUUGUUGAACCAAUUUUUGUUUCUAUCUUUAAUCUUUCCAACUGGAAGUCACCUUUUGGGCUAAGGAUAUAACUAUUUCCCAAACUAAAUAAUUUGAGAAGUAGACACACUGAGAAGUAUUUUUACUGGUUGUAUUCCAAUGUGAUAUAGAGAUCACAGGAUAAAUUCAGAAUUAUAUAUCAAUUAGUUCCCUUUGGUCUAGAUUUUUGAAAAAUGCAUGCUUCGUAAAGAACUAGUCUAUAGUACUCAUAUGAAAAGUUGUUUUCAAUGUCUACUUAAUGACCUAGAGAGCAGCAACUUUGCAAAAUCUGAAAUUAAGAAAAAAAUUUAGGAUAGCCAUUUCAAAAAGUAAAAUUGCUCAAUAUCUUGAAUAUUUUGCCUCUUUUUUGCUUCUUAAAGUGAAAAUGUGUUAUUAACUGUCUGUAAAUUAUCUAGCAACCUCAAAUUUUAUCAAAGAAUUGCCCAGAUUCCAUGUGCUGUGUGCAUGGUCCUGGGUGUAAUUUAAAGGAGGACUUAUAAUAGUGCUCUGAAUUUUACAGAAGAGUUGACUGAGAAUAGAUAUUCUCCUAAACCUACCCUCUCCCCUUGCUCAGUCUGCCAUUUUUAAAUUAUUAAAUUACCUUUUAUUUUUAAAAAUGUAUUUUUGUUGUUCUUCUUAGCCCCCUAUCAACUGGGAGAACUAAAAUUGAUAUAUUUUGGAAGUACUUAUUGGAGUUAUUUUUAUUCUAGUAUCUUGCUGCUCACAUCAAGAGGGAAAGGGAGACUGAAAAGUAAAGUAGUGCUUAAUUCUUUAUUUACCUUUGGUCUAAAUUUCAGGGCAUGAUCCAUUCAUCUUUUUAGAAGAAAUGUUAGGCUAGUGCUUUAUUUUUAUCAAUAAUUUUGAGCAGUUAGGCUGUUCACGUAGGUAACAGAAGAAUGAGGGUUUCACUUUUCAUACAUAGACAAUUCCAAUUUAAUUCUGAAAGCACACUAUAAAACCACAAACAAAAUAUAUUUUGAUGCCCUACUUCUAACUUAUUGGUACCAAAGCUCUCUUUUGUUGUGGAUAAUUAAGAAUUGACCUUUUAAGUUAGUUUACAUGGUUACUAACAGUUUUAGUAAAAUAUUUGCUAGACAAGAAGUUUCAAUCUUAAAUGGCCAGUCACUAUGUCAUUUAGUAUCCAUGUCUAUGAAUAGUUUUACCAUCUAAAUAGGCAUUUUUAGAAGUUAGUGUGUGUGUGUG